GCCCCGAGGCGGAAGGGGACCCGCCAUGGGGAGGCCGUGGGGCCGGGGGCUGCUGGCGCUGGGCCUCCUGCAGCUGCUGGGCCGCCCCGCUGCCUGCCCCUGCCAGGACCCGCGGCUCUGCCACCCCAUCUCCGGCACCCGCGGCUUCGAGGUCUUCGUGUUCGAUGUGGGGAAGGAUACCUGGAAAUCCUAUGACUGGUCAAAAAUAACAACUGUGGCGGCUUUCGGGGAGUAUGACCCUGAGCUCAUGUGCUAUGCCCACUCCAAGGGCUCCAGGAUAGUACUGAAAGGUGAUGUACCUCUUAAGGAAAUUGUUGAUCCCACUAAAAGAGCAGUGUGGAUAUCCCAGCAGGUGGACCUUGCAAAAAACCAGUAUAUGGAUGGAAUUAACAUAGAUAUAGAGCAAGAAGUUAAUGAAACCUCCCCUGAGUUUUAUGCAUUAACAGAGCUUGUUAAGGAAACUACAGAAGCUUUUCACCGAGAAAUACCAGGAUCACAGGUAACAUUUGAUGUGGCUUGGUCUCCAGCGUGCAUAGAUAAAAGGUGCUACAACUACACUGGGAUUGCAGAUGCCUGUGACUUCUUAUUUGUGAUGUCAUAUGAUGAGCAGAGCCAGAUCUGGACAGACUGUAUUGCAAAAGCCAAUGCUCCUUACCUGCAGACUUUAGUUGGAUAUGAAGAGUACAUUUCUAUGGGCAUUGAUCCAAAGAAGCUUGUGAUGGGCGUCCCCUGGUAUGGCUAUGACUAUGUCUGCCAAAACUUAUCAAAGGAUCAUGUCUGUUCCCUCUCCAAAGUGCCUUUCCGUGGGGCUCCUUGCAGUGAUGCUGCAGGGCAUCAGGUUCCCUACAGAGCAAUCAUGAAGCAGGUGAACAGUUCCCUUUCAGGGGUGCUAUGGGAUGAGGUACAGAAGUCUCCAUUUUAUGAAUACAAGGAUUCUCUUGGUCACUUCCACCAAGUAUGGUACGAUGACCCUCGCAGCAUCUCUCUCAAAGCAGCGUAUGUGAAGAAUCGAGGUUUAAGGGGCAUUGGCAUGUGGAAUGGAAAUAGUCUUGACUAUUCCAGGGAGGCUGUAGCAGAACAACAAACUGCAGAAAUGUGGCAAGCCCUGACACCAUAAGAACUACGUGAACUCAUGAUGUAGAAUGAUGGAAAUUGGUAAUUUUUUUAUUCUACUAUCAUAGAUUUUAUGUAAAUCUAGCAUGAUUAUAAAAACUUUGAGAACUAGCCAAAUUCAUCAUGUUAUUUUGUAUGCAAAGCCAUAUAGUCAUUCUUCAGAAAGUACAGUGUUGCUUUAGCAAUGUUUGUUUUAAAAGACUGCUCAUCUUUUCCAUUUCUCACAACUACCUUAAGUUGGUUAAAGCUUGAACCCAGUGUGUGGCUGGUAACACAUAAGACCAAUUGGACACAGGGACAAUCUCCUAAGGAUGCUUUGCUGAGGCUGCCUGGUGCAGCAAGUGUUCAGUCUGGGGUUGCAUGGUGCAGGCUCAGCUUUCUGACUUCCCAGCCCAACCUAUAUGUUAGCUGAGUCACUCCUGCAUCAGAUUAAACACAGAAUAGUGAGAGACAGAGUGCUGCUUACAUGUUGUGUACAUGCAGCUUGUUCUUGUUCUUGGUUGUACUUAUAGAGAUUAAAAUAUUUUAUAGAUUUUAAGACGUUACAUAACAUGAAGUAGUUGCCAUACAAAUUUUUAUCAGACUUGUUGUUAGAAAGGAAUAUUCAGUAACAGUUUCACUUUGUUUAUGUAUCAUGCAAGUUCCUUAGUUUCAAAAGCCAAAAAUCUUGAAAUUUAUAUUGAAGAGGGAAUAUUAAUAUGGAGAUGACUUGGAUUAUGUUUUCUUCCAUUUCAAACUUGUUUACUUCCUUAAAACGAGAACUCAGAAGCUUUUAAGAACGUUUAAGAUUCAUUCAGUAGCCUGUUGUUUGGUUUUAUGUGGUGUUGCCUCUGAAAUAAUACAAGGUUAUAUUUUCUUUCUAGUUCAUAUUUUUAAUAAAAUAAUUUCCUUAGAGAAAUUAUGUAAUUUUAAAAAUACCUGUAGUGAUGGAAAGACUGACAGGCAUUUACAGGAUUUUUUGUUAAACAAAAUGCUGUCUUCACUGAAGUUGGUAAAGUGUUGUCUGUUUAUGCUUUACUUGUUCCACAACUUAACAGCCCACACUGCUUCUCUGCUUCUCAGAACUGUUUCACAACCAGAUUAAAGUGCAGCUGUGCCCUGCUUAAGUGACUUCAUUAAUUAAACAAUUUAUUUAAUUAGAUAUAUGUAGUCAAUUGUGGGUUUGGGUUUUUGUUUGGCUGGUUGGUUUGUUUUUUUCCCUUGCUAAACAAAGAAAACACCUUAGAAUAGCAUCACCAUCAUGGCUAGUGAGGAGGAGACUAGACUUCCUGAAAGUUUCUGUGUGAUACUAUGGGUGAUGGAAAGCAGAAGGUGAAACCUAAUGUUCUCACAUAAAGAAAAAAUUCUUUGGAAAAGGAGGGGGGUCUUCACUAGAACUCUGGUCUGUAGGUUUUAGGAGAAACGGAUACAUUUAUUUCACAUACAGAUUUUUUUUAAUUACUAUUUAUAUUCAUAUGCUAAAAUACUGUGAGAGAGAUAUGUGUGAAACUGAGAGGUCUUCUGGAGCAGAUGAUCUGACCCAAAAAGCCUAACCAAAAGCCGGAUGACUUGAUAAUAAAACUCUUUCCUGAAACUGUCAAGUAUUUUAGUUUAUUUUAGUUGAGAUUUUUCCAGUAGCUAGCUGCCUGCUCUUGUGUCUUAAAUAAAACAUAACACUGAAAUACAGAAUCCAGGAUUAAAUCCUGAAUUGAGCAUGAGUGGGUAUAGUUUAAUUAUUAAUUUAAUACUUUAGCACUAAAAUCCUAUCUUUAAGACAUUUGGAAGUGAGUCCUUUUGAGAGUUGCAUAAUUUUCUUAAUGUAUUACUGAUUUCCCAUGAGUGUUUUGCUUCCAGUAAUAAAUACAGCCUUGUCAGCUUUUAAGCUGACAUUAAUUUGUAGCAUGUUAUUGUUCUGCUUAGUGUAAUAACAUCUGGUACCAAAAAAGAGGCAAACAGGAAAGCCAGAAAAAAUUACUGUCAAGAGGUUUCUGAUGACUCUUUCAGAGAGUUGUUAUCUAGGCAUGUGCAUGAGCUUGAACCUGAAGAAAAACAGACUAUGAAGUACUGGAUGGACCAGGAUCAUCGGUGCAGCUUGUCCCAAAACCAAGCUUGCCUCUUCUACCAGCUACAGAAGAAGGUUCAUAUCCAUGUGGCUUUCCUAAUUAAGAGACGGAACAAAAAUGGCUAGAGAAAAAGUAAGAUUAUCUGAGAUUAUGUUCAUACUUCAUAAUAAUAUGGUUGUAUGUUGGUAAUUUAUAGAUAUGCAUACUCAUAAUGACAAAAAUAUACUUCAGUAAAUAGCUAACUAAAGGAUUACUGUUGCUGUAGCUCUAUAGAAGAUAGGUUUUAAUAAUUUUCAAAAAAAUUAAUUUGUUUGCCUGAUAAUAAAGUUAUACGUUUAUUUGCUUA